CUGAUUUGUCGACAUUUCGCCCGACGAGUUCGACGAGUGUUGCGUGGCCCCUAGAGUGUGAUUAACAAUUUUUUUAUUUUUUAUAUACUCAUUCCCGUCCCGUGUUGUUCUCUGCUGUGCGUUCACCACCAAAGACUCACACAGUCGUUUCGACAGGCGAAAUAAACGAGCGUCGCGCAAAUGACAAACACGGAACAACGAGUGUAGUUUUCGACGCGUUGUGCAGCAGAAAGGAACGGGACGUACGACAAAACAAGACAUAUAACGAUUCAUUAGUGUUUUUUGGUAUUGAAAUAAAUAGGCUGUUCUUCCUUAUUAAUUGCACAUAUAGACGAAUGUUCAUUAAAAAAAGACCAAUGUUUUCGUGACAUUUAUUUGGGAGUUAUAAUGCAAUAUUAUUCGUCUGUUUCACAACCAGUGAUAAAUCAAUCUAUAAUAACAAUUGCGUGACGUUUAAGGUAAUUUCUGUUGGUGAUCAAAAGCCGUUCAGAUUAUCAUUAAGUAUCAAAUUAAAAAAUAAUAAUUGCACAAUGGAACGAGAAUCCAACUCGAUGCAGGCACUUUGUCGUGGUGGCUGUGGCUUCUAUGGCAACCCAUCUACAGAUGGCCUGUGCUCUUUGUGUUAUAAAGAAGCGCUCAAAAAGAAACAGGCACCACCACAGACAGCUCCAUCACCACCUUCAGUCACUGCUCAGACCAUGAUGGAGACUGCUAUACCCACCAUACCAGUGCUGCAAAUACCACCAGUAGCUACUACCCCAAUUUUAGUGCCAGACACUAAGAAAGAUUUGGACAAUGGACUUGCAUGUAGUUCUAAUGACAGUAGUCUUAUGGACGAUGGUAGAAAAGAUGACGAAGAUGACAAAGAUAAAUCUAAAAAGAAAAAUCGAUGUGCUAUGUGUCGUAAAAAAGUUGGACUUACAGGAUUUGAAUGCCGUUGCGGUGGCCUGUUUUGUGGCAUUCAUAGAUACUCUGACAAGCACAAUUGUUCGUUUGACUACAGGGAACUUGGAGCGCAAGAAAUUAGACGCAAUAAUCCAGUGGUAGUCGGGGAAAAAAUUCAAAAGAUUUAAUCAAGAUGAAAUUGAACAUUAAGCGCAUGAAAAUAAUGAAUGUACCAAUUAUAUAUAAAUAUAUAUUUAUCCAAAUAUAAAUAUAUAUGUAUAAAUAAACUUCCACAGUAGUUAUAUAACAAUGUGUACAUUCUUUAAUUAAAGGUAUAGUAAUUUUAUUUUUCUAAUACUGAUAUCGGGGCCUUGCUAGUUUCGAAAUAAUAAAUUGACACAUUUUUCUCAUUUGUCAUAAAAAAAAAGGAGAACAUAUUAUCAAUUUUUAUCACUUAAGAGAGCGUAGUCGCUGUGCAAUAGUAAAAUGUAUAUAAAUCAUUAAUGUUUAUUUUUUCUUUAAUUUUAUUCUAUAUAUAUUUUUUUGUGGAAUUUAGUUGAUUUGGUUUACUGAGAUAAUUAUACCUUUUAAACAUUGUAAGAGUUUUUUUUUCACUUGUUAAUUUUUUUUCGCUUCCCAUAGUUCUCAAAUGAUUGUUGUAAAUUAUGCUCAUCAUUUUUUUAUAUCUUAGUUGGUUAUUAGCUAUUUUAGAAAUGAUUUUAUGUUCUUUU